GCCCGCGCCUUCGAGCUGCUGGAGCUGGCGGCCGUGCACCUGUACCUGCUGCCCUGGAGGAAGGAGUUCACCACCAUCAAGACCUUCUCAGGGGGCUACGUGCACGUGCUGAAGGGUGCGCUGUCCGAGGACCUCCUCAUCCAGAGCUUCCAGAAGAUGGGCUACGUGCCCAGGGACGACCACUGCCUCACGGUGGCUGCCCUGCCCCCUGCCCACCAGCUGGUGCAGGUGGCCCUGGGCUGCUUCGCCCUGCGGCUCGAGUGUGAGAUCCUGGGCGAGGUGCUGGCACAGCUGGGCACCAGUGUGCUGCCGGCCGAGGAGCUGCUGCAGGCACGGAGGGCCAGCGGGGACGUGGCCUCCUGCGUGGCCUGGCUGCAGCAGCGGCUGGCCCGGGAAGAGGAGCCGCCGCCCCUGCCCCCCCGGGGCUCCCCUGCCGUCUUCCGGGCCCAGCUGGACCUGUACCGGGACCUGCAGGAGGAUUCGGACUCGGACUCAGACGACGCCAGCCUGUACGGAGGGCCCUCUCCAGGCCCAGGCUCCCCCUCCGUGGAGCCGGCCUACCGGCCGCUGCCUUGGGAGCAGAGUGCCAAACUGUGGGGCCCUCAGGGGGAGGCCUGGGAGCCCAUGGAGGAGGGGGAGGCACUGCAGCGGGUCAGCAGUCCGCCCCGCAGUCCGCCCUACGGGGCCCUGGAGGAGGAAGAGCCGGAGCCCGAGGCCUUCUCUUUCCUUUCCCUGCGCCGAGAGCUGCUGAGUCGGCCCGGGGACCUGGCUGCUCCCCCAGCCCCUGGGAGCCCCAGCCCCCAGCACGUGCAGAGGCCCAUCGCCGAGCCCCCUGGCUACCAGGUGCACAGCUGCCUGGCCCCUGGGGUCCUGCCCACGCGCUGCUGCGACACAUGCCGCCAGCUGCACACUGCCCACUGCGCGGCCCUGCCCGCCUGCCGUCUGGGCCACGAGCUCCGCGCACUGCUUGGCGACGCCCACCAGCGCCUGUGGCUGCAGCGCGCAGAGGUGGACACCCUGCUCUACGACAGCCCUGGGGCCCGGCCUUAGGCCCAGCCAGGCCCCUGGUCAAGGGCUUCCCCAGUGUUUCCGUGGUGCUUCUCUGCCCUUGUCCCUUCUCAGCCUCGGCCACUGCUGCCCUGGACAGAAGAGCCCAGGCUCCACAGGUGGACGGGGUCUUGCCUCCCAUGGAACGUUCCCCUUACCCAGACCCACCCUCAGACCCAUGCCUGACCGUGCUGCGUGGAAGGGCCUAGCCCACAUGACCGAGUCAAGGCACCCGGGCCUGUCCCCAUGAAGGACCGCCCCCUCCCCACUGUGGGCCCCAUGGUCCGCCUGGAGCCCGAUGCUCCCUGCAGUUCCCAUUUGGGACAUGUUGCCUCCCUCCAGGUGUCCGGGGGGCACCCCACCCAGGUGUCCAGAGGGCUCUGCCAGGUGCGUGGCUGACCGGGCUGUGGAGACCUGGCCCCUCACUGGGUGUCACAGGCCAGCACUGGCUGGACAUGUGCCCUGGUCAUAGCUGUGCAGGAAGCUGGGUCAUGGAUGGAGGAGAGAUGAUCUGAUCUCAAACUGGAGAGGCGGUGCCCGAGCUCUGGAGAGCAGGCAGCAGCAGGCGGGGCCGAUGGAGCCUGGACCGGCUGUCAGUCACUUCUGGGCACAGCCCCCAGGCUUCCCAUGAAGCCCACCCCAGGCCCAAUGGUAAACAUCUGUGCCUGCCACAGCCCUCGGUGCAGGUGCCACCCCCUGUGCAGCCUCUCCUUACCGGCCCCCGUCCGCCCCACCCCUUUCCCAGUACUUGUCAUAGGACAGAACCUCCACACAUUAAAGGACACAGAACUGCC